CACCGUUAUGCCAGCGCCAUUACUUUAAAUAGAUAAUCUCAAUCUCAGUCUAUAAUACUUACGUGGAUUCCCGCCAUCAUUUCGUUGUGGGUUAACAUCAGCUAGCCACUCAACCCACCAUCCAUCAUCCAUCAUCCAUCAUCCAUCAUCCAUCAUCCAUCAUCCAUCAUCCAUCAUCCACCAGCAUCACGUCAAGCAUAUCCUCGUCCACACCUUCUAACUAACCAUGCCUCGAGUCCUCCAAAUUUCACUCGACUCGGAUGAUGAGGACGCCGGGCUCGUAAGCGCUGCUCAACUUAUCCAGCGGUUUGAGUCAAAUCCGAUCCUCGAGUUUGUACCCGUCAGUAAACGAGCCCAGGAAGCCGCCAAAAGAGAUUGGCAAAAAUUUGAGUGGUGGUAUCGUAACAUUCCCGACCAGGAUUACAGCAUGACGACUGCUUGGAUGGACUUUUGUGAGAACAAGGACAAACCCAAAAGCCUGAUUCGGGCAUUUCUCUAUGAGCACGUUCUACGGUCACGACAAAAGCGCCCGGCCAUUGGUCAAUCUGAAACACAGGUAGUUCAAACUAUAUCCGCGGCAAAGUCAGCUCUUACUUUCUGGAGGAAUAUCGUCUACAUGGCCGACACAACUAUUCUGAACGAAGCACGACACAACGACCGGGAUAACAGACACAAAUGGAAGUUGAGAUGGGCGGACGUGGGGGCCGGGGGCAAUCCCGGAUCUGGACCUGUCGCCGAUGUAUCCAGGUGGAUUCGAGUUGAAUUAAGCGACGAGCUCCAUUUAUCCAGGGAGCAAACAUACGAGAAGAAAGUUCUGACAUCUGACGAUAUCAUUCUCCUUUUGGACACGCUCUGGACACGACCAUCAGAUCUCCGAUGUACCGCAAGGCAACGGGUUGCAUUUCACUCGGUCCUUCUCCUUGCAGGAUUUGGGUUCCGCCCUGGCUCUAUUGUCUCCUUUAAAUAUCAGCACGUUCGUAUUCGAUGCUUGCGAGUGGAUGAUAAUCCGAAAAAUCUUGCGAUUUGCGCAACGAUUAAGAUUGUUCACAACAAGAGGCGCCAGUAUACCGCAAACUCACACAAUGCAGUCGUACAAUUCUCCAUCACUCUUGUCCCAUGCCAGACGAUCUGUCUUCUUAGCUUGAUUAUCGCACAAGCUAUUCACGACAAUGCUUUCGAGGCUGAUUUUGGUUCUCUGGAGGAGCUACUGACGCGACCAAAUUUAGACCAGACGGACUGCCUUGAUCUUAGAUGGAAAGAAGAUAAAAUGGAGCAAGAGAUUUUCCCUGUGCCCUACCAUAAGUAUUGGGACAUAUGGAAUGAGUUGUGGCGUGUGGCAGGAAACCGCGACACGAUCAGGCCUUACUCCCUGCGCGUUGGUGCAGGGUCUGUCCUCGAUGGCCCUCUGACUCCGGCCUUGCGCGGUCAUCUUAUGUCAAAUACGACAGCUGUGUUUGAAUCAAGCUACCAGCCCGAGCACAUACGCCAGGAGCUUAUGCCAAUCAUAUUUGGCGCUGAUGCCGCAGGAGAACACCACUCACUCUUUCGCAGUCUUCAGCGCGCCACACUUCUCAGAGACGUCAAUGCACCCCUAUAUCCUACCGAAGAGGAUAAGGAAAGUCUACGACAACGUGUGGAUAUUACCAAGCUUACUUGGGAGUAUAAACAGGCGAAAGCAAGAUCCUCCUCUCCUGAUAUCAAUCGAGCUUAUGCUGCGCUGGCGACUAGACGGAAACAGAUACUGGCCUUAAUAGUGGAAAAGCGGAGAGUCAAUUGA